UAGUUUCACCACUAUUCUAUGUUCACUUGCUGCACUUAGAAUUAAUAAAAUAUCAGUACUUGAUACAUAAGUUAUAAAUUUUAAAAGAAGACUAUUUUCAAUUGAAGUAUCGUUUAAUUUUUAAUCAUGUCGGAAAACCGUGAAAAAAAUAUAAGAUUAUUAUUAAAUAAAGUCUUCGGUGGUGGAAUAAAGAUCGAAAAUUUAGAGACCAAUGGGUUAUCAGUUGGUGAGAAUUAUCAAAGUGAAAUCAUCAGCGUUAAUUUAAAAGUUAAUAAUGAGAAAGAUACUGAUCAAGAUAAUAAUCGUUCUGUAAUCAUGAAGAUGCUACCAAUGAAUAAAGAUUAUCGAGAAAUAUGUGAUCUUAAAUCGUUAUUCAAAAGAGAAGUUUUUAUGUAUGGGACAAUAUUGCCGGCGUAUAAAAGAUUUGAAAUUGAUAGCGGUAUAAGUGAGAGUGAAGUACUCAAUAUCGCUCCACUUCAUUAUGGGUCACAAUUAAAUUCCAAUGCUGAAAUCGGUUUCUAUGAAGAUAAUGAUACAUUUAUUGCAUUAGAAAAUUUAAGAACUCAAGGAUAUUACAAAGUUGAUCGAAAAAUUGGUGCAAAUCUUAUUCAUUCAAAAUUAGCAGUACAAGCUAUGGCUAAAUUUCAUGCUAUUGGAAUAGCUAUUAAACACAAAAACCCAAAAGGAUUCGAGAUGUUGAAGAAAGAAUCUACACCAGCCCAAGUAAAACAUCCUCAAGAUUGGAUCGAGAUCGCCGAAAAUGUAUAUAAACUAAUAGAAAACGACUCAAAGAUUCAAAAAUAUGUUGAUUCGUGUAAGAAAUUAUAUAAGAUGGAAGAGGAUCAACGGACAUCUACGCCGCUCGAGCCAUGGACAUCAAUAAUUCAUGGAGAUUUUUCAUCUUUAAAUAUACUAUUUCAUCAAAAGCCAGAUAAAAGUAUUCCUGAAGAUGUCAAAUUUGUCGAUUUUCAAAACCACACAUUUACUAGCCCACUGCGUGAGCUUGCAUUCUUUCUUGCCAUCAGUGCUGAUCAAGAAGUUUUCGAAAAUCACUAUGAUGAGCUUCUUGAUCUAUAUUAUGAGACUCUCAAAAAUAGAUUAACUUUAUUCGGUGUUGAUACUAAAUUGUACUCGAAAGAGAGCUUUAAUAAGCAAUAUGUUCAGGAUGCACGAUUACAUUUUCCACAUUGUAUUGCGGUACUUCAAAUAGUCACUUUGGACGUGGGAAUAAACGAUGAAGCUGUUGCAAACCUCCCAAAACUACUUCUUCAAAAUUCUCCGAGAAAUGAUAUAUUCUGUGAAAAGUUGCGAAAAAUUAUUUUAUUUUAUGAUGGUCGUGGAUGGUUCAAUUGACUAUUAACUGUGUAAUUCGUUUAAAUUCUCAAAAUUGUAUCAUUAAUUGUGAGUUUUAUUUCAUUUAUAACUGUCAGAUACAAAAUAAAUUAUGAUAUAAAUUUUUUUUACCAAUUGAAUAUGAACUUAUAAACAAACUUAAUUUCUUAAACUUUUUGUGAAUUUUUAAAAAUUUUUUCCAUGUAAUGAAUGUUUUUAUGAGUCUAAUUACAAUAAAAAUUAAUGUUUUUUUGCACUUUUAAA